AUGGAUAAAAGAUACAAUAUUAAUGAAGUAGAAUUAAAAAGUCAGUUGAUAGAUGUUUUAAGCUCUAGAGAUAAAAUUGGUGAAUAUUUUACAAUAAUAUUGCCCCCUCCUAAUGUUACAGGAUCUUUGCAUAUAGGUCAUGCUUUAAAUAGUACUCUACAGGAUAUUGUUGUUAGGUAUAAGAAAAUGCUCGGUUAUGAUGUCCUGUGGCAGCCAGGAACUGAUCAUGCAGGUAUUGCUACUCAAAUGGUUGUUGAAAGAGAUCUCCUAAAAAAGGGAAUUUAUAAAGAUAAAAUUGGUAGAAAUGAAUUUGUUUCUAAAGUUUGGGAAUGGAAAGAAAAAAGUAAUAAUAUAAUUCUUGAUCAGCUUGCUAAAUUAGGUUGUUUGUGUGAUUGGGAUAGGUCUAGAUUUACUAUGGAUCUACAGUCAUCAGAGGCAGUAAUAGAAGCUUUUAUUGAUUUGUAUGAAAAAAAAUUGAUUUAUAAAUCUAAAAGAUUGGUGAAUUGGGAUUGUGUUUUACAGACAGCUAUCUCUGAUUUGGAAGUUGAUAAAAAAGACCUUCCUGGUAAACUUUAUUACAUUAGGUAUCCAAUAGUAAAAAAAGAUCAGUUAUUAGAUGUUUUUGCUGAAAUUGAUUGGAAUAAAUUUGUUAAAAAUAAUCAGUUUUUGGUUGUUGCUACUACUCGUCCAGAAACUUUGUUUGGUGAUGUUGCAAUUGCACUUAAUCCAAAAGAUCAAAGACUUGAACAAUUGAAUGAUUAUCAAGUUUUGGUUCCUGAAACAAAGAAAUUUAUUCCAAUUAUUGCUGAUGACUAUGUUGAUUUAGAUUAUGGUAGCGGUUUAGUUAAAAUCACCCCUGGUCAUGAUUUUAAUGAUUAUGAGGUUGGUAAAAGACAUAAUUUGACCCCAGUUAAUAUUUUGAAUGUUGAUGGAACAUUAAAUUGUGAGGUUCCAGAGAAAUAUCAGCGUUUGGAUAGAUUUGCCGCUCGUCAGAUUCAGUGA